CUCAAACUGUACAACUAAAUCUUAUUUGCAAUGUUUCUUAAUGUCACAGUGCAAGCUGACUUAAUAAAAUUCAGACAAACGGAGUGGAGGACAAAUUAUACUCAAAAAAAAAUGUAAAAGUAUAUAAUAAGAACAUAUGUUGCAUGCAUACAUAAACAAACAUAAAUAUUUGUUCAACAUAAAUGUUUAACAAUUCAUUACAAAGGCGUGAGUGUAAAGACUAAUGAAAUAGGCAAUAGAACCAAUGAUACAAAAAUGAUUUAAAAAGAAAAAAAACUGAGAUAAUCCCUGCUUGGAGACUCACAUCCAGUAGGUGGCGGUAGAGAUUUCAACGUCAAGAAGACAUUCCCCAUUUAGACCCGAGCAAGACAUAGGAGCAUUUUACCAGGAUGCAUUGCACUGCCAACGUAUGCAAACAGGAACAUGGCUACCGGUUUUUAACAUCUGACAUUUAAAAAUAUUUUCUCACACUGCCUUAUAGAGUUCGUGACAAUACGACGUGAUUGAAGAGAAAACCCUUUAAAGCGCCAUCGCUGAGUCUGCAGACCCGAAACCACAUCCUUGUUGCUUCAUUUAAGAUCUGGUCAUCAUGGCAAGUCCGAGAACCAGAAGAGUCCUGAAGGAAGUGAGAACCCAAGAUGAGAAUAAUCUUUGCUUCGAAUGUGGGGCUUUCAAUCCUCAGUGGGUCAGUGUAACGUACGGUAUUUGGAUUUGUCUGGAGUGUUCUGGAAAACACAGGGGCCUGGGGGUCCACCUCAGUUUUGUGCGCUCAGUCACGAUGGACAAGUGGAAAGAUAUUGAACUUGAAAAAAUGAAAGCAGGAGGAAACGGUAAAUUCCGUCUGUUUCUCGAGCUCCAAGAUGAUUAUGACCCAAACUGGACUUUACAGGAGAAAUACAACAGCAGAGCCGCUGCGCUCUUUAGGGACAAGGUUGCUACAUUAGCAGAAGGGAAGGAAUGGUCCAUUGAAACAUCUCCUGCCAGAAACUGGACCUCUCCUCAGCCCAAGAGCAGCCAGUUAUCUUCCACUCGCCCCGGAGGACCUGGACAAAGCUCAGCUAAUUCUGGUGACAAAGCUUUUGAAGAUUGGUUGAGUGACGAUGUUAAUUCUUAUCAGAGUGGAAGUGGUUACAGUGGUAAUCAGGAGAACCGCUACGUUGGGUUUGGUAACACGGUCACUCCAGAGAAGAAAGAGGAUGACUUUCUGAACAAUGCUAUGACUUCCCUUUAUUCAGGCUGGAGUAAUUUCACAGUCGGAGCCAGCAAGUUUGCUUCUAUUGCCAAAGAUAAUACAACCAAACUUGCAAACCAAGCAACUUUGAAGUUAAGGGGUUAUAAAGCACCCCCAGAACCGGCAACUGAGUUAGGACAGACAUUAAAUGAGAAUGUUAUCAAACCCACACAAGAAAAGGUGAAAGAUGGCAAAUUACUAGAUGAAAUGGCAGUCAGCUUCUCUGGGAUAGCAAACAAGGUUCAGGGAGCUGGUGCUAAAUUGACUAACCUAUUUUCCGGAAAAUCAGAAGAUGGAACUGGUGCAGAGAGCUACCAGAACAUGGAUUCCACUGAGGGAUAUCAGAGCAGUUCCAACAAACCAGUGUCCAGGGACUUCUGGGAAACCUUUGGUAGCAACAGUUCCUUAAAGGAGAAGAAAUCUCCCAGCAGUGACAGCUGGACCAUCCCAGACAAUUCUGCCAAGAAGAGCUCUGACAGCUGGGACAAUUGGGGUUCAGAAGGAGCGUCCAACAACAAACACAGCACGGAGGAGAGCUGGGAGGCCUGGGACAAUAACUGGGAUAAAGCCGAUUCUAAGACAAAGAAGAGUCCGACGAAACCUGAAGAAAGCUGGGAAACUGCAGACUGGUAGAUGGCAAACUCAAAUGUAACGUCUCACCUCUUCCCAUUCUCUAUCCCUUCACCUGUGUCCUUUUUUUCCCCCAUUCAUCCUGCUAGCACUUUCAGGAAAACUUCUGCAUCAUCUCAGCUCCCCGUUUUCUUUUCUUUUUGGUUUGUUUUCUCAAUAUGUACUUACAAAACAAUCAAAGACAGAAAUGGAUUAAGCCCUUAAUACCAGGAAGAAAUUGAGAUGUCCGGAGCUACAAUUUACUGUAAUUUAUUUCCAUCAAAAAAUAACUGUUUGUAUAAAAAAUGUAAACUUCCUUUGAGGAUCUCCCCCAUAUAGUUAAAGAAAAACAGUCUGGGUUUCAUGAGUGAAGCCAUACUGUUUAGGUCACCACAGAAAAUAGCAUGACAGAGAAAUACUGUAAAUGUAAAAUGUUGUAAAUAAGAAAAACUGGACAGAACACAAACCACUCUUUUUGUUUAAUAAUGUCUCUUUUGCAAAAAUGUUUACAUGUUUUGUAAAAUUAAUUUACUUUGAAGCUCAUUCUAGUCUGCAGUCCAUUAUGCUGGAGAUCUCUAAAAGUCCUUUUUGCAAUAUUGAUUAGUAAUGAGAUGACUGAUUAGUCUUUUAUAAUGAAAAAUAUAAUUAGAAUUGCUCUAAUUACGGCCUUUCUAUAGCAGCUGUUGUGUUUUGAGAUGUUCAGAAAGAUUAGAAUGCUACUUUGGCUCAUAUUUCCUCCUUCUGUUGCUAAAGAUGUGAUACCCUUAAAGUAAGAGAACUAUUUUUUUAUGACAGCAUGACAGGGCAAGUGAUGCUCGCGGGUUUGUCUUAAUUUACAAGAUUUCAAUUUAAAUGUAAAUGUAAGUGCAGGUGAUAUCCCUCACCUGAGUCUGUGGGUCAGCAUGCAGUCUCUCUUUUUAGUCCCUCUGAGUCUGAAUUGAACUGUGAUCCUAAAACUCCUAAUCUAAAGUUGAAGGAUCUUCAUGUGACCUCUGUGUUUUCUACUUUUCCAAUGUCUCUUUAUUAAGGCUCAUAUGUUAAAUUAUUUGAAGCUCUCAAACAGCUUUAAUCAACUGUGUAAAUUCCUAUCAGCCCCACUCAUAUUACACAUCUUAGAUACAUUAUGGAAAAAAAAAAACGGAUUUGACCAAAAUGAAAGUUUAAAAUAAAAUAUCCAAAUUUGUUUUGACUAAAACUAGUUUUUGUGGAUCAGGUGUACCCCUUGGCCCUUUUCAGUAUUACAUUUUGACUGUCUACUUGUACUGUUAUAGUACAAGUACAAUGAUUGGAUCAGAUCCAUGAAGCCCUGUACCGAUUGUGUUUGCUGGCCAGUAAUCUUCAAAGAUUACUUUGAUGGGAAAUUCAUUCAGUCCUCAUUGACCUCAGAAUGGACAUCUUUCAUUCACAGCUUCAUUGAGCGAAACAUAAAUUCUGGGAGCUUUAUUCCAUUUGAGUUUUCUUUACUACCUCUUAGAAGUUUUAUAUUUGCUGAUUGUUUUUCAGAGGAGAACCUUUUUCCACUCUUUCCUCUUGAGUCCAUUCUCAUAUCUUUGUCAUUUUGUGUUCUACUUUGUGUUUUUUGAAAGAAAAAAAACAAUAAAGCAGCAAGGUUACAGUGUUUCUUGUGUAAUUAAAGUAAACAGUACUGUGCUGUAAAACUAAGUUACUGCUGUAACAUGUGUCUUGCUGAAACUGCACUCGUCAUCCUGUACGGUCCAGUGUGAAAAGCCUUAACCAGCUGUGUUUUUGUUGCUGCUGUGUGUUAGCUCAUGUGACAGUGAUAUGUACAUGUUCAUCCAUGAAUCUCCAAAUUAUGAGACAGUGUUACCCUAAACUGUCCCUGUAUCACCGAGGCUUAACAGUAUGUCGGCCAUCUUUUCUUGUUUUCUUGUUCAAAGCCCUAGACCCUUUUCAAGCAAAACCUGAGCAGUUAUUUUUCUGGAAACGUGUUUUUUUGUUAUUUAAUUUACAUACUGCAGAAUGAAACACACCUCAGCUCUUCAUGUACGUUUAUUUAUCUAUAUAUAUGUAUUUUUUCUUUUAUGUAUGGAUUUAUUCACUCUCCCAGAGCAGCAGUUGUGCUUUUGUGCCUGUAAAACAUCUAAAAUUGGAUUUAUCUGUUUGUCUAUGAAACUAAUUAUGUGAAAAAUGCUAUUUUUGAUGUCAUGCAUGAUAUAUAAUGUGGACUUGAAUACAGGCAGUUGUUUCUUCAGUGAAUUGAAGUUGUUUGCUUGAAGUUUCACCAGCAGCAGUCUGACGGAGUGAGUCUGUGAUGAUCCCAGCUCAGUGUGGAGAAAAUUCCUGUACAUGUGGAUCAAAUGAAAAAUAAAUGUAUUGUGAAUGGCAUUUAUUUAAACCUU